AUGGAGCUGGAGGCCGCCCCGCAGCUCCCGAGGAGGGACGCCAGGAAGCUGGUGAGGUGCCCGAGGCUGCAGCUGGACGCCAAGACGGUCACGGCCGUCGAGCAGUCCACGGGCACGCCCGUCGCCGACGCGGCGGCCACCAGCCAUGGAGGCGCGACGCGCGUCAAGAUCUUGCUGAGCAAGCAGCAGCUCAAGCAGGUGGCCGCGGCCGUCGCCGCCGGCGGCGCCUUCGCGCUGCCGCCCGCGCUGGAGCAGCUGGUGAGCGCCAUCAAGAGGCAGCACGCGAAGAAGCAGACGGCGGCGGCGACCAACGCGGCUGCCGCGAGGCGCCCGGGACGGUGGUCGCCGGCGUUGUACAGCAUCCCGGAGGAUAUCCACAGCUAG